AAUGAAGAAGCGAAAGUGUGCUGCAACUACAACUACAAGUCAGUCGUAUAAAUCACUCUUCAACGUUUAACACAACUCAGUCUCGGGUGCAACUCCAACUACUCUGCAACUCUCCGACCCAAAAGCCCUAAUCACAAUGGCGAAACCCUAUAUCAUCCUCAUCGCCUUCAUCUCUCUCCUCCCAAUUCUUUCCUUCGCAUUCUCUUCAGAAAGUGCCAGCGGUCAGCGACUCUUAGUCUUGCUCGACGACUUGGCCCUAAAGUCUUCGCACUCGAUCUUCUUCAAGUCCUUGCAAGAUCGCGGGUUCGAACUCGAUUUCAAGCUCGCUGACGAUCCCAAGAUCACUCUACAGAGAUACGGAAAGUACUUGUACGAUGGAUUGAUUCUGUUUUCCCCCACCAUCGAGCGGUUUGGUGGGUCUUUGGAUUUGGCGGCCGUGUUGGAUUUUGUUGAUGCGGGCCAUGAUUUGAUUAUAUCGGCGGAUCCAAAUGCGUCUGAUUUGAUCCGGAACAUUGCUGCCGAGUGCGGAGUUGAUUUUGAUGAAGACCCCUCAGCUGUGGUUAUUGAUCACACUGGCUAUGCUGUCUCAGAUACAGAGGGAGAUCAUACAUUGAUUGCCUCCGAUUAUUUUAUUCAAUCUGAUGUGAUUUUGGGAAGCACAAAAAUCGAGGCCCCGGUACUUUUCAAAGGAAUUGGACAUUCAUUAAAUCCUGCCAAUAGCUUGGUUUUGAAAGUUCUCUCAGCUUCUCCUUCGGCAUAUUCUGCUAAUCCAAACUCCAAGUUGUCAAAUCCUCCAUCACUUACUGGUUCUACUAUCUCUUUAGUUUCAGUUGUGCAGGCCAGAAAUAAUGCACGGGUUAUGAUCUCUGGCUCUUUAGAAAUGUUCAGUAACCGAUUGUUUAGAUCUAGUGUGCAGAAGGCUAGGAGCUCAGACAAAUAUGGGAAAUCAGGGAAUGAACAAUUCGUGACUGAACUUAGCAAAUGGGUCUUCCAUGAAAGGGGUCAUCUAAUGGCUGUCAAUGUUAAACACCACAAAGUUGGGGAAACAGAUGAACCUGCAAUUUACAGGAUCAACGAUGACUUGGAAUACUCUGUUGAGAUUUAUGAGUGGUCUGGAACAAACUGGGAACCCUAUGUGGCAAAUGAUGUUCAAGUGCAAUUCUACAUGAUGAGCCCCUAUGUGUUGAAAACCUUAUCAAAUGAUCAGAAGGGUCUAUAUUAUACUUCAUUCAAGGUGCCAGAUGUUUAUGGUGUAUUCCAGUUCAAGGUUGAGUAUCAGAGGCUUGGAUACACUAGCUUAUCUCUUGCAAAACAGAUUCCUGUCCGACCCUUUAGACACAAUGAGUACGAAAGAUUUAUAACCACGGCAUUCCCUUAUUAUGGAGCUUCAUUUUCUAUGAUGGGUGGCUUCUUUAUCUUCAGCAUUGUAUACUUGUACAACAAGUAAAAACCAUUUUACUUGGAGCGAACACUGCUAACAUGGCAAUAUCUCUAUGUCUUUUAAGUUCUUAUUUUUGGCAAAAGUUGAGGGAUAUUUUUAUGGCGGGUGGAUUUUCAACAGAUUUUCCCACCUUAAAGAUGUUUAAAACAGAUGUAGUCAGGGCAUAGUUUGACUGUAUCGCUUGUUAUCAACAUCUCUUCAUUUAUAGGCAGUGUAAUAACUUUUGAGUUUUGUGAUAA